AACCCUCUCCGGUGAUCCAUUUCCAUCAGCAAAACCCCUCAAGCCAUUCUUGUUACGCCUUGCAAACCCUACCUCACAGUUCACCGAUCAUCUCUGAUCAUCGUCCCCACGAGCACGCGCCAUGGCGAUCAUCUCCGAUCUCGAAGAGGAGCCCGCCCCGUCGCAGUCCCCUUCCUCCGCCGGCGACGAGGAGGUGCUCUACUCGAUCCUCUCGAAGCAAGGCCCAUGGCCUUUCGUGGAGACGGUGUUCGAUCUCCUCCGCCGGAGAUCCGAUCUCUUCGAGGACGCCGACGCGGUGCCGCGGAUCAUGUCGAUGGCCUCCGCCGCGAAGGCGAAGGCGGAGGAGAAGCGGAGGAAGGAGAAGGAAGAGGAGGCUCGCAGGGCCGAGAAGGUGAAGGAGGCUGAGGCCGCGGCGGCGAAGAAGGUCGAGGAGAAGAAGGCGGAGCCGGAGCCCUCGAAGAAGCCCUCCGAGGGAGCGGCGGGGGAGGAGGAGGAUGGAAAAGGCGGGAGAAAGCCGAAUUCUGGAAAUGGUCUUGAUUUGGAGAAAUAUUCCUGGACUCAGACUCUACAUGAGGUUAAUGUUAGCAUCCCAGUUCCUAAGGGAACCAAAUCGAGGCUUGUCACCUGUGAAAUAAAGAAGAACCAUCUUAAGGUUGGGCUGAAGGGGCAGCCUCCCAUUCUCGAUGGGGAGCUAUAUCAGUCGGUGAGACCAGAUGAUUGUUUCUGGAGCAUAGAGGAUGAGAAGUCCAUUUCUAUACUACUGACGAAGCAAAAUCAGAUGGAAUGGUGGAAAUCUGUGGUAAAAGGUGAACCUGAAAUUGAUACUCAGAAAGUAGAACCAGAGAACAGCAAACUAUCCGAUUUGGAUCCUGAAACACGACAAACUGUCGAGAAAAUGAUGUUUGACCAGCGCCAGAAAUCCAUGGGUCUCCCAACGAGUGAUGAGAUGCAAAAGCAAGAAAUCCUCAAGAAAUUCAUGGCUGAGCAUCCUGAAAUGGAUUUUUCAAGGGCGAAAAUAGCCUAGGGUCUCCGUAUGAUGUUAACGACUCUUGCUUGGAAGAUGGAAGUUCACGGGAAGAUGAAAGCUCACAGGUUAUAAACAUAUGAGCAAUCAGCAGUUUGGCAACAUUUCCUUUUUCCUUUCUCUUUUUCUCUUUUUGUCUGUCCCUUGUGUUCUCAGUUUUCUGGGAAAGGUAGGUUUUGUUGAAUCGAUGAACUAGCAAAAUACUCAUGUUGGGUUGUACUUUGUAAACUGAAUUUUCAGGGCGUGUUAUUUCUUUUUCUCAUUUGAAUCGAUGAUCUUUCCUUGAUCAAUUA